AUGUAUAUAUCCAGCGAGGUUAGGGUGGUAGGAACGGCCGAGAACCCCGAUACAAUGACCUGUUAUGAGAUACUUUCUAGCCUUGUGGACGACUGGGAUGAUGAACGUGCUUCAACUUUUAUGAGACAUAUUCUGGUCGUUGCAAAGGCCCGAGCAUGCAAACAAGCAAUACAUGUUGGCGGUGGUUUGGAUGCCCAAAUCGAAGCCCACUAUGGCGAAACAGCGUGGAAGGGGUUGAAGGGUCCAAAGAGAAGGCCAUGA